AUGGUUGCUACAUGCCGCGCCACCCACUCCGCUCGCCUCGCGCAUUUCAUUCGCAACACAGCAGGGCAGAGUCCAAGCAUUGCACAUCUGACCAACUUCGAUCUUCGUCUGCAGGCCGCACCCACCGAAAUCAAAUUUACCAUGGAGGACAUGAUCAAGGAUGCAAUCAAGAACGACAAGGAAAACGUCCGGGGUGGCGUCAGUCAACCAGCCAACAAGAAAUAUCUCGCUUUCCGCUUCAAGGGCGCCAGCGGCAAGGUCAAACUAGCCAAACCCGUCAAACCCGUCUCGGAAGUCAAAGAGCCCAAACCAGCCCCCAAAGCCGCCAAGCCUGCCAGCAAGCCCGUCGCUAAGAAGCCCGCCGCCGAGAAAGUAAAGGCCCCAGCCGCUGCCAAGAAGGUAACCAAGAAGGUCCCCACCGCCCCCACAAAGAAAGUCGCCGCCGCUAAGGCAUCUACUGGCAAGAAGACAAGCUCUACGACAAAGAAAGUCAAAGCAGCAGCGAUGAAAUCGUGA